GUUCCAAUUAUGGAAAUAUUAGGGUUGCGGAAGACGCAGUCGUCUGGUGAAUCCUAAAACAUCGAUCGUACAAGUAGUGCACACUAUUCUCGUGCGCCGAAUAAACACGCGAAUAUGGUCUCUUGUGUUGCUCGUUUCUCAAAUAUGCUUGCAUCUGCUUUCGAUUCUGCUUCACCAUUAAACUCCUCUUCGCCGUGACAAGAUCAUCUCGGAGAUUGCACUCGGCAUCAGGUGAUUCUCGCUAGAUAGCUCCUCACCCAUCGAGAAGCUGUCAUGGAUGCUGGUGACGACGAUGCGAUUGGGGCCGCGCUCCAAUCUCGAAGGAUACCUCAUGGUCGCUCGUCACGCGCAAGGGGUAAACACGGUAAAGGCGGCGGGGGAUCAAGCCCUGCAGUCUUUGAUCCAAUGCGGGCCCUCGGUCAUUAUGAAGUCGAGAUCGCUUCGAAGGCAAAGAAAAGCAGCGAGAAGCAGGAUGAUAGCGAUUCAUCAUGGCUCGAGAUCCACGAAUUGACGCCCGGCGAGGAUGGCUUCCUGGGCAGUUUCAUGAUUGCCAACAAAUUGCAUGGAAUAUGCAUACUAGCGGGAAGCCGGCAGGGCUUAGCGAGCAUUAUAGAAGACCUAGAGGACCAGGCCGAAGACUCCGACGACUCAGGAGAGAAUGAUGAAAGUCACAGUGCCGAGGCCGGAUCGCCAAAUUCUGGCUCAGAUGCGUCCGAAGACGGCGAUGAAGCUGAUCGUCAAAGCAACGAAAUCGAGCUCGCAGACGAACGCAUCAACAGGCGAGCCAGAGCAUUCGAGAAGAACAGCUUUCGGAAUCCGAAGUUUUGGCUGAAGUACAAGGCACAUGUAGAGUCAGAUGUACAGGGUACAAGCAGCACAGCUUCAAGAGCGUUGGAGAGCGACCGUGGCUACAUCAUCUUCUCCAACAACGCAUGUCAAACGUUUGAUGGAACAUUGUCUGCAGCUUCGCUCGGCUGGGACAAUGUGAAGUUUACUGGCCGCAAAGUUCGUCCUCGUGCGACACCAUGUCCACUAACUUGGACCGGUUUCGACGAGCUGGAGAUUGGUAGGAAAGCGGAGCCGGACGAGGAGCAAGUACAUUAAGGGCACGAUCUCAGUCCAUCAUACAUAUUACUGUUAUCUCCAUGAAACUCAGGCCGAUAUUGCCGAAGAUGUCACUCUUCUCGUGUCAGCCACAAGCGCUUGUGGCCCAAUACCGCAGCUAUGAAAGCCAUCACGCCAGCUCAGGGCAG